UUAAAACAAGUGAGAAGCUGCUGCUCCGCCUGAAAACGUCCGUGAAGAAGGAUUUUAAAAAAUAAAAAAAAAAACUCAACACAUUUUUUUUUUUAAACAAUGACUGAGAUUUGCGCUGGAUUACAAACUAUGUGGAGCUUCAUCCUCUGAAGCAGCUGCGACCGCCGCGUCCAGACACCGAUGCGCAGCGUCCUCUGGCGCCGCUCCGCCUGCCGAGGAAACAUGACGUCCAGAUUACUGGCUUAUGUCUCACUCCUGUCCGUCCUUCACACAUGCUCUCUAACUAUCGAGUAUGAGGAGGACUAUGAGGAUGUCACUGUGAACCAAAUGCUGGCUCCCAAAUCACAAGACACGGACACCACGGAAAUACUCAACAAUUUACUGAAAGAAUACGACAAGAAGCUGCGGCCGGACAUCGGAGUUAAACCAACUGUUAUCGAUGUUGACAUAUUUGUGAACAGCAUCGGACCGGUGUCGUCAAUAAAUAUGGAAUACCAAAUCGACAUCAUCUUCGCCCAGACGUGGACGGACAGCCGCCUCAGAUACAACAGCACGAUGAAGAAACUGACUCUGAACAGCAACAUGGUCGGACUAAUUUGGCUCCCGGACACCAUCUUCAGAAACUCCAAGAACGCAGAUUCCCACUGGAUUACAAUGCCCAACCAGCUGCUCAGGAUAUGGAACGACGGGAAGAUACUUUACACCUUAAGGCUGACGAUAAACGCAGAAUGUCAGCUGCAGCUGCACAACUUCCCGAUGGACGAGCACUCGUGUCCACUCAUCUUCUCCAGCUAUGGAUACCCACGAGAUGAGAUGAUUUACAAGUGGAGGAAGAACUCUGUGGAGGCGGCGGACCAGAAGUCCUGGCGUCUCUACCAGUUUGAUUUCAUGGGCCUGAGAAACACCACAGACAUCAUACAGACGACAGCAGGUGACUACGUGGUGAUGACGGUGUACUUCGACCUGAGCAGACGGAUGGGCUACUUCACCAUCCAGACCUACAUCCCCUGCAUCCUCACCGUGGUCCUCUCCUGGGUGUCCUUCUGGAUCAAGAAAGACGCCACGCCAGCCAGAACGGCUUUAGGUAUAACCACAGUGCUGACUAUGACCACCCUCAGCAGCGUGGCCAGGACGUCACUACCCAGAGUGUCUUACGUCACCGCCAUGGACCUUUUCGUCACCGUCUGCUUCCUGUUUGUCUUCGCUGCUCUGAUGGAGUACGCAACAUUAAAUUAUUAUUCGUACAGCGCUCGGAGACCCAGCUGCAUGCAGCCAAAAAGAUCGAACUACUCUGUCCUGGAUGUGAGACCUCCACACACCGUCAUCGCGUUAAACAACUCCAUGUACUGGCAGGACUUUGAGGACGCUUGUGUCUACGAGUGUCUGGACGGAAAAGACUGUCAGAGCUUCUUCUGCUGCUUCGAGGAGUGUAAAGAAGGCGCGUGGAGAAAAGGACGCGUCCACAUAGAUUUACUUGAACUGGACGCGUACUCGCGCGUCUUUUUCCCCACCUCCUUCCUGCUGUUCAACAUCGUGUACUGGGUCGGCUAUCUCUACCUUUAGCACCCUGCAGGAGGCUGCUCGGCCACAGAGAGGAGGACUUCACAGUUCAACACGAGAAAUUCAAGAACAAAAGAGGUGACGGCGAAUAAACUGUGACGCUUCUUGCCCGCAGAUAGAUAAAAAAAAAAGGGUGAGGGCAGGUUGUGUCUGCACAGUUUUGUGCCACUGCAACUUCAGGUAUGAGAAUACAACACAAUUCUGAUUCCCUUCGACGUGCUGCACACAGAGAGAGGGAGGACAGGAUGGACUGUGAAGACAAAGAUGGAAGUGUGCUACCCCAAAACCUCUCAAUCAGGAGGAAGACUCGUGUUGUAGGGACUGUGCCGGCACAUUAUUAUCCAGCCAUCAGUCAAAUCCAGUUGAUGAAAAUCCAAGGACAUUCAAACCAUUCAUAGUGCCUUCCUCUGGAGGGGUAGAUACAAUCUGCUACAAUAAUCAGGGAAUAAUGGUUUAUUUAAAAAAAAAAAAAAAAAAACAACAAAAAAAGCCUGGCUUUGACUGAUUGCGGCUGUUCUCAUUCAGAGAUUUGAGUAACAUUUAUAAACCAGCCGUUUGUUGCAACAACCACAUGAAAAAUCAUUGUGUUUUUAUCUCUUCGCACUGACUGACAGUCAUUAGGAAUGACUCACUCCUCCUGCUCACAACACUGUUAGUGCCCCUAUAAGCUGUAAUAGAUAAAUUGGUUCCCAGGCAAGAGAAUACAUUGAAGCAACCCCACAGCAGAGAGAAUAACAGCAUGUGCUUUAUGGUCACAUGAUACGUCUAAAGAUGUGACGUCAGUGAUCUGAAUGGUUCUUUAUAUUUUUAGUGUAUGUUUCACACUGAUCACUCUUUGGGGGGUCCUGGAUGAGCAACGAGGGGCUCAAGAGACGAUACAAUGAUGAUGGGAAAGUCCUGAUGUGGGUACAAGAGGCGAUCCAGCACAAAGCGCCCACCGCAGCUUUGACAUAUUUUGGAAAAUAGAUUUAUAACUUCAACAGAUAGAUGAAAAGAUUCAUAUCACGUCUCACACCAACAUGUGUAACAGACCCGAAAAAUCUCACCCAAACUUUUAACAACAUAUCUGAUCCCGUCGUUGACACAAUAUAAGAUACAUGAAACUGCACUGACCUGCACAGCACACAGAUCAACUGGAAACAGACUUCAACUCAACACCGGAUAAAAUUUGGUCCAAUAAGUUAAAGCAAACACGUAAUUUAACACCUCGUCAGUGUCAUAUUAAUGAGAAUUUUCAGACUUAAUUACUAAAUUGGAUAGAAGAGUUUUUAUUUAAGGAACGAGGAAGUCUGCGCUGGACUUUAACGCAACGUAAAUGUGAACGUUAAGUAGUUUUGCUGAAUAGAUCCAAACCGAACUGUGGCCAUAAGCGUAAAUCUCCCUCAACAAGCUUUAUUUUGAAAGUCUGACCUGACGUUACAUAUGUAUUAUUGCUAACUUAGAAUGGCAACGUGUAGCUAUUAACUGGUUACACUAAGGCGUGGCAAAACAUCUAUUUCAUGUUUUGAUGAGACACCGGCUUGAAUUUAAGUUGAAUGUAUAGCUUAAGUGAGUAGCAGCAGUUACCUUAGCUUAGCAUAAAGACCAGGAACAGGUGGAAACAGCUAGCUUGACAUCAUUUAAUGGUAACAAAAUUUGCUUACCAGCAUUUUGGUUAUUGUACGUCAAUUUUUUACAGAGCCAUGCUGUCUUUUUCCCUCUGUUUCUAGUCUUUAUGCUAAUCUAGAAUAACCUGCUACGUAUUCUUUAUGCUAAUUUAAGAUAAUCAGCUGCUUGUUUUAGCUUUAUAUUCGUCGUACAGAUGUGAGAGUGGUGUCAAUCUUUUCAUCUAACUGUCAGCAGAAAAAGUCAUAAAGUAUAUUUCCCAAAAUCUCAAACCAUUCCUACAGAAAUGUGAGUAAUUACUGGUUUCUUGAUUAGCAUGAGCUGUACGUGGGCCUGUAUUGGUCUUUCUGUGGAGGCUUUUUAUGGUGUCAAAAUAACAAAUCUUGGGUUAAACAUGAUUAUAAACAGUAGACACGCACAGCGAUUUGUCUGCCAGCUGCAUUGUCACAGAUUGGGGCGCUCUGAGGGAACAAAGACAGCCAUGCGUAUAAUUCAAGUGUUAUAUUUGUGGACGUUACACACAUAUUCACACCGUGUAUUGGUGUUGCACAGCAGCCACUUCUCACCACAGCUCACAACACACACUAGAUAAAGUGGAUUUAGUUUUUCUUCUUUCAGCCGUUAAACCAACAACAACCCUUCAGUUCUUUCUCUGAUGACAGUUGCCGAUUAUUAAAUAUAAUGGGCGUCGUUUGCACGCGACUGUAGGCACAAAUAUGAUAAUUCCACUUGUUAGGAUCACUCAUCUCUGUUUGGCCGUUGUUUGCAUGCAAUAGACGAUUAAAUGCUGCUCUUAAGGACCUGUAAAAUGUCUGGAGAUAGAAUGAUAGUUUUAAUAUGGACUGUUUGUCCCAUAAUUUGAUUUCCCUGGCAUUAGCAGCUGUUGAAUUGCCUGAGUGUAGCCUGUCCAGAGCUGAGAUGAGCACCAGAAAUACACAUUUGCCUCUGAUUACAGCCUCAGCAUGGUGAAAAUCGCACUCCAGUCGAGGCUACUUCUUCGCCUUUGGCUGCAAAGCUUAGUGAAACUUUUUAUAACUCUUUUUUUUGUUGUUGUUGUUGUUGUUUAGCUGUUUUUCUUUUGAUUAUAAUUGUGCCAAAUAUUUCACAUAUGUGCCCAGUCAUUUAUGUUCGAGCAACCCUAAAUUACACUCGUAUAUUUUGAUACUGCAUCUCAUCACAGUUUGUGUAACUUUAGCUUGUGAAUAGUGGAGUUUUAAAGGUGUCAUUUGUCGAAUAUGGCCAGAAUUCAAGCUAUCAGUGGCUGUAGCUUCCUAAUGUUAGCUAAUUAGCUCAGUUCGCCGUGGAGCCAGGAGCUAUAGAGUUUGUCUGGAACAGAAUAUUUUCAUGUCUUACCUUCUGGUUGAGGAUUUAUUUCUAGCAAACCAGAGGAGAUUGUGGAGUUUUGUUUUAUUUUUUUUGUAGUUUUAAAGUGUUUUAUGAUAAGUUAAUUAGGCAGUUGUCUUAAUUCAGUGAGCAAGAGCAACUUGAGUUCAGAAGGUGUACGUUGUGUUUUUUGGGUUGUUGUUGUUUAGUAAAGAAUAUAGAAGUA